GACAAUUUUGUAGCCAGCGAGCCAAACAACAGGCUAGACUCCUAGACCUAGCGAGCUAGCCGCCCCUGGAAAAACAUUCCUCGCAGCCUCGGUUUCUCACCUGCAUCCACAUCCGCGUCCAGAUCGGUCGUCUUCCUCCUCGUCUCCCAGUCCCAGGGCGUGCGCCCUGCCUCUUCGACUCGGCGCACGCGCGUGGUCCGUCGAUCGGCCCGUGGCGUGGAGAUGAUCAACAGGUGCUUCUGUUGCGUCACCGGCGAUGACGAGCCGGAGCCAGCCGCGGCGCCCGCCGGCCGUCGCAGAACGAAUCCGUCGAGGACGCCCAAGAACAGGAGCAGCAUGGAGUAUCCAUGGGAGAUCUACAGCCUCAAGGAGCUCCUGCAGGCGACCAACAACUUCAACGACAGCAACAAGCUUGGGGAGGGCGGGUUCGGCACCGUCUACUGGGGCCGAACCUCCAAGGGCGUCGAGAUCGCGGUGAAGCGGCUGAAGGCAAUGACGGCCAAGGCGGAGAUGGAGUUCGCCAUCGAGGUGGAGAUCCUCGGGCGUGUCCGGCACAAGAACCUGCUCAGCCUCCGCGGCUUCUACGCCGGCGGCGACGAGCGCCUCAUCGUGUACGACUACAUGCCCAACCACAGCCUGCUCACCCACCUCCACCCCCAGCGCGGCGUCCCUUCCUCCCAGCAGCAUCAGCCCCUCGACUGGGCACGCCGCGUCGCCAUCGCCAUCGGCGGCGCCGAGGGCCUCGCGUACUUGCACCACGAGGCGAGCCCGCACAUCAUCCACCGGGACAUCAAGGCGAGCAACGUGCUGCUGGACGCGGACUUCGUGCCCAAGGUCGCCGACUUCGGGUUCGCCAAGCUCAUCCCGGACGGCGUGUCGCACCUGACGACGCGGGUGAAGGGCACGCUGGGCUACCUGGCGCCGGAGUACGCCAUGUGGGGGAAGGUCUCCGAGAGCUGCGACGUCUACAGCUUCGGCGUGCUGCUGCUGGAGCUCGUCAGCGCGCGCCGCCCGCUCGAGAAGCUGCCGGGCGGCGUCAAGCGGGAGAUCGUGCAGUGGGCGGCGCCGCUGGUGGAGCGCCGCAAGUGGGAGCGCCUCGCGGACCCGCGCCUCGCCGGGCGCUUCGACGCGCAGCAGCUCCGCGCCGUGGUCGAGGCCGCCAUGCUGUGCACGCAGAGCAACGCCGAGAGCCGCCCCGCCAUGGCCGAGGUGGUCGAGAUGCUCAGGUUCAGCGGCGAGCGGCGGACGACCAAGGAGAUCGUCCCGGUGGCGGCCGCGAGCAGCGAGGAGGUGACGGACCUGGACGACGUCACCGGAAGCAGCGAGCCCCUGGACAGGCGGAGCUGGAAGCUGACCAAGCUGAGGUGAUCGAUCGUCCGUCCGUCAGGAUUCAGGCAUGUCAUCACAUGCGAUUGAGAUGCGAAAUGAUUAGUGCCGUUAGAUCGCAUAGUUAAUUAUUGAUGAGGUUACGCAAGAAAGAUGGUGUUUGGUGGGAGAAAUCAACAAGAGUUGUUAAUCAUCUCGGCCUGCAAAGUUUUGUUUGCUUGCGUUGUGGGGUUUCUUGCAACUCUUUCUUGUUUGAUACAAUACAUGGACUGAGCAGAGGUUCAGAAAUGAUUAAGAGCUAGUGCAAGCAAUCAAGAAUUCAAGGUUUU